GUCUGGUAAAAAACCAGAAGAUAAGAUUAUGAAAGCGUAUCAAGAAAGUAUUAAAUAUCUCGAAUGUAUGAUGAAGAAAUUUAUCACUUUCUGUAAUGAAAAUAAUCUGAGUAGAAAAGACUUCAAUAAAAGAUUAAACAAUUUACAAACGUUAAUUGAGGAAGGAGAAAAGGCCAAAACACAUAUUAUAGUUCUUAUAAAUACAAGAGGAACGGCUAAUGCUUUUAUCAAUAAGUUAUCUGAGCAAGAAAAAACAAGGAUUAAUGAAUUAGAAUCUACUUUAUAUUACCAGAAAAUUAUAAGUGAAAGAGAUAUAAGUAAUCUUCAGAAUGAGAUUAAAGGUCUAGUUUUACGAGAAAGAAAAUAUAUAGACAGUUUGAAAAGAUUAGGGUGCAUCGUAAUCCCAAGAUUAGUACAUACAGAUUCAGUUGGAAUUCCUCAAGAAGAAAUAACUGAUCUAGUUGGAAUUACUCAAGAAGAAAUAACUGAUCUGGUU